AUGCGCCUGACGCGGAGCAUGUGCACCAUCGCCGAGUGCGCGCCCGGCGGCGACGGCCCCGCCACCGCCCGGCCCCGCCUCGUCAAGAUCGCGGUGGUGGGGGGCAGCGGCGUGGGCAAGACGGCGCUCGUGGUGCGGUUCCUCACCCGGCGGUUCAUCGGCGACUACGAGCGGAACGCAGGUAAUCUCUACAGCAGGCACAUCCAGGUUGAUGGAGAGAUGUUGGCCAUCCAAGUGCAAGAUACUCCAGGAGUUCAGAUCCAUGAACACAGUCUGGAUUGUAAUGAGCAGCUGAACAGAUGCAUUCGCUGGGCAGAUGCCCUGGUGAUUGUCUUCUCCAUCACUGACUAUAAGAGCUUUGAACUACUCAGUCAUCUUUACCAUCACGUUCGACAGCUGCAUCCAGGGAACAUGGUCCCUAUUGUCAUUGUGGCAAACAAAGCUGAUCUCUUGCACAUCAAAGAGGUGGAGCCUCAGCAAGGACUUCAGCUGGCCAAUAUGCUGGGCUGUACUUUCUAUGAAGUAUCUGUCAGUGAAAACUACAAUAAUGUCUUCAAUGCCUUCCACCUCCUCUGUAAAGAAGUCAAUAAACAGCAAAUAACCAGCACCCCUGAGAGGAGGAGAACCUCUCUUAUUCCACGGCCAAAAUCACCGAACAUGCAGGAUCUGAAGAGACGGUUUAAGCAAGCUUUGUCUGCCAAAGUGAGGACUGUCACUUCUGUUUGA